AUGGCGCGUUGUCGCGGCGACAGGUUCGGCAGCCCAGCCGCGCGGCGCUUCCAGCGCCUCCCCCCGUCCAUCUGGAGAGAUCUUUCCGCGUGUUCUUCCCCGUGGGCGCUUUCCGCCAUCCCCCAGAAAAGGGCGUUGCGCCCCGCGCGGGGACAAACCCCCCCCGCGCCGGCGCUCCGCAGCGCCGAAGCGGUGAUCUGCGCAACGCGUCUGUCGGCGCGUUUGGCGGCGACGAUCGCUCUCCUGCUCGUCGCCAGCAUGUGCGGCGGCUUCUGCGGCCGCGCUAGCGCCGUCGCUGUCAAUUAUAACGACUCGCCUUUCUUUAGGCGCCCCAACCUAGAGCUCCCCCUUCCCCCAAGCCGAGCUUCACUGCACCCGCCCAACGCGCUCUAUUCCUACCUCCCCCCCUCUUUCCGCUUCCCACCAGUCACAUGCAAGUGCUCCCCCUCCCCCGGGGCCGCACUCCUCUCGCUGCGCGCCGAGCUCAACAUCACAGUGCCCGCAUCGCGCACGCCCAAGGCGCUGUGGGUGUCGCGGGGGAGUUGUGACGAUCUGUAUGGCGUGCGGUGCGACGAGCACGGCAGCGUGACCUCGCUUCUCCUGUACAGCGUCACAGGCACACUUCCCUCUGCAAUCGGCAACCUCACAGCUCUCACCACACUCUCCGUCUCUUCCAACCUCUCAUGCCCGCUCCCAUCCUCUCUCACCACUCUCACCGCGCUGGUCAAUCUCCAUCUCGGCCGCAACAGCCUCUCCUGCUCGCUGCCGCCCUGGCUCACCACGCUCUCAAAGCUCAAGAUUCUGAGCAUAGAAUGGAACAAGAUCACAGGAAGCAUACCGGCAGGCAUCUCCGCACUCUCCUCGCUCUCCGCUCUGUAA